AUGCGGCAGUCAUCGUUCGUCGUCAUCCUACUUCCCCGGUCAUAUGCACAUGCAUGCAUAUUUUCGAAUUGCAAAGCACCGCCUCUUUCUAUGCCGUCUUCCCCUCUCCUGAUGCGCGUAUUGUAACACUAGUAGACAACCGGCUGUCUGUCUGCCCUAUACGCAUUGUCCGCCCAGCUCCGUUUCUUCAUGUAUCGACUGUACGCCCUCGUAUGCUGCCUUACACUCCACUUCUCUCGUGCGCGGCAACAGUUGGUUGCUGACGGUCCAGACAUAGCCGCAGAGCAAGCCCUGGCCGAGGGAGCAGCCGCCGAGUCGUCCUGCCCGCUGCCGCCGGCGGUCGAACACAACGGCAACGAUGUCGUUGUCACCGGUAGCCCGGUCCCGCAGCUGACCAGGCGCGCAAAGGUCACUUGGGACACCGAGGCUAGGCCGCCCUACCGUUCGCGUGAUAGUAUUGCGUGUGAAGAAGAGGGCGGGGUCGUUUACCGCUGUGGCGUCGACGGCGAUGAGGAGGGCAUCGACACGUCGAGGUGCACCAUACGCUGGGUUAACUGCCCCGCCGUUAGUUCGCACGGCGUCAAUAUGAACGUCAGUAGCGUCGAGGCUCACGACCUGCUGCACAUGGCGGGGCACUUGGCCAAGUUAUUCUGCAUGGCGGCCGGGCGACCAACCGUGUCCGGCCCGGACAGCGCCAACACGCCCGAGGGCUUGAGCUGGUACGUGCCCAAGUUCAGCGAGCGGGCUUUCGCCUUCUACAGGAAUUUGUCCACUGCCGGAGGAUCGAACGAAGACUGCGAGACCCUGUUCGUCAGCUACGCGAUAAGUGUGGAGCUGUCGGAGAUCUUCUCGUCGAGAGUCUUUGGUCGAUAAUCACGUGCUCCAAUGUUCAGUCGCAAAGUGCAUACUUUCAUUGAAAUUGAGGUCAUCGAUUGUUUAGAUGGACGUACGCGACCAACUGUUCAAAUAAAAGCCUUCUUGUAUGUGCA